UCCAGCAAGAGAAGAGGAAUAGGAUUUAGCAAUCGCUGUACCAAAGAGGUGGCAUAGGGACCGGGGCUGAAUGACCUUCAUGUUCACUCACCACACAAUGAUUCUGAUAUAUGGUGCCUCAGGCACUAGUUAUCAUUCUUAUGACACAUAUCUGUUUAAAAUUUCUGUCAGAUCUCAAACCGUGACUUCACUCAAAUGACGCUCUCCAGCUUUCAAAACUCUUCUUCUGGAAUAUUCUUUAUAAUCAGAUUGUGCCUAAUGGCCAGUCGGCCGUGAGUCUAAAAGCAGGCACCACUGCUGAAACCUACUACCAGUAUUCCUUCAGGAUCCCCUAAUUAUCUUGUGAAGAAAACAAUCCAUGUGUAGUUAAUUCUCCAAUAAAUUGCAGAUAACUAAAGUGAGGCCUUCAGCAAAAAUGCCUGAGAGGAACCAGAAUUUAUUUACUAAACUUUUUAAGCAAAAAACCACAACCGUUCGGAUGCAACCCAAGUCUGCGUCUCAGAGGUCCAAUCAACAAAAUGUUCACCAUAUGCAUAAACAUCGCAUGUCAUGGAUCAGUUUGUCACGUUACAAAAUGGCCCAUUUAACCUUAAUGGAACAAUUACACACAGAGUUAAGAGAUUUAGGUGCCAUUGAGAUCAUGAUCGGAAUGAUUCAGUUGAUAUUUGGCAUUCCACUGAUUUUUGCGGAAAGCUAUUCAUACCCUGCGAUUAUUGGAGCCCCCUGGUUUACAGGAUUUUGGUAUAUGGUGGCAGGAUCAUUGACAGUUCAUUUAAUAUAUUCCAGAACCCCUGCCAGUAGAUGGGCGAUACUCAUGAUCCAUGUGAUCACUGCACAUUUUGCAGUAGCGGGAUGUGUGAUAUUUAAUCUCUCACUCUUUUACUUACCAACAAUUCCAUUCAACUUCUUUAUGGAUUAA